UUUACCGACAUGCGACAUCGACACGAAAAAGUUUCAAUAUUCGGUUUCGAUCGGUGUUGGUCAGGUGACAAAAGGUGUGCAGUGUGAGUGACAGACAGAUAUGAAGAAAUCUUUUUAGUGACAGUAAAAAGGUUAAAUUAUUAAUAACAGAAAAGCGUUAGACAAAGUGCUUGAACGGUGAAUAACUCUCAACAACUGUUAUAUCUGUUUGUUCUACGUGGUUAAUUAGAUACCGGUACUGUAUACAUGAUGGUUAUAUUUUGUCACAAUUUAUUAAAAAGGAUCUUUCUUACUUGAUCAACAAUGCAUCAGUGGCCAUCGCCACCGAAAGUGAAUAGCAGCAAACCUGUGUUAACUAACGGAGCCAUAUUCCAGCCAUUGUUGAGAAAAAUGGACUUUAUAACGAGACACCCGUUCUGCAAGUUCUUGACUGUAGAGGGUUACUCCAGGCCACUAACAAUAAUCGCUAUAAAAUUGUUCUCUCCGAUGGGAAAUAUUCCUACGCGUUUGCGAUGCUUUCAGCUCAACUCAAUCACUUGAUUGCGGAUGGGAAAUUGGAGAUUUUUACCGUUGUAAAAGUCGUGAGAUAUACUGUCAACUCGGUUAUUGCAAAACUCCCUGCGACAGACAAAGUUUACAACAAAAUAAUCACUCUUCACGAUGUAGAGCUGUUGAUCUCUGGAAAAGAAAUAGGGGGGAAAUUGGGAAAUCCCAAAGUGUUUAGUUACGGUGAAGAGGUACCAGAAGAUCUGCUGACACAUCCUCUAAAGCCAGUAUGUUUGGGAAAUACCAGCGUUGAACGGAUACGACCGGGAUUGAUUUGCGUUCACAGCCAGUGGGAGAAGCUGCGAAUGACAGACAAAUGUUUAUCUGGAUUAUCUGCGUCAAGUAAUGUGCAGACGAAAUCAUUUGUACAGUUAUUAGAUCAGCCACAGAAGCCAACACAAUCCUCUUUAUUGGGAAUAAGUCCUGCAGGUUCCAAUUUUAGACACCCAACAACCAACAAAUCGGCUUCUACAUUAAUCACGCAACCAGCCAACAUGAGCGACUUGAGUGCACAGCAGACACAAAGCGUUUCAAGUACUAAGAAGAUAAUUAACGCGGUUUCGACUUCAAACGAAAGCAUGGAAUAUAUCGUCAAUUUCUUGAUUGAUGGCCAACAGUACUAUUUGAAAGCCUCCUUCACCAGGUCCAAUAAGAAAAUUCUUGGCUCGCUAACACUGUCGCAUCCAUCAUCAAAACCCCGAACAAUGGUAAAAGGUGGAAAACAUGUUGCGAGUCCCAUAAAAGAAAACGAUGAUUUGAAUAGACCGCGUGCUGUUUGGGCCGACUUGAACGGAGAGCAACACAAAUUUUGCCAUUUGAAGAAGUCUUGGAUUUCGGACCGCUACUGGGUGUCGGAACAUUUUGACGGCAGUUUCCUUCUUCAGCCUAAUUCUGAAUGUAACAGGUGGAAACCGUUGAUUUGUCUUCUCUGGAUCGAGUUUGACACUUACAGUGGCGGAGAGAGGAACGCUCUCAAACAACUAACUGAAUUGUACGUCCAGCAGAAUCAAUGCGACGUCCAGUUUAAUUUCGAAGACGAUCAACACAUUGGCGGCCAUUCACACAUAUUGGUGGCCAGGAGUCCCGUCUUUGCCGCAAUGUUCCAGCACGAGAUGAAGGAGACGAAGACGGGCCAAGUCAGCAUUCAGGACAUCCAGCCAGACAUUUUCAAGCAGUUGCUUCAAUACAUUUACUCGGGCCGGCUUUCAUUACCACUGACGGAAACCACUGCCCAGCGGCUGUUUGAAGCGGCCGACAAAUACGACAUUGGUGAUUUGAAAGAAGAGUGUGUCAGUUUUCUAUUGACCUGCGUCCGAAUGGAUACGGUGAUUAAUUUGAUGGCCUGGGCGCACCUUCACUUCGUGGACGAACUCAAACAACUAGCUCUCAAGUUCACGGUUUUGAACGCUAAGGAAGUUUGUAUCCUGAAAGAUUGGGAGAUGCUGACCAAGAACUAUCCGCACUUGUGUGUGAUGGUAACGCGACACAUUACCGACAGGAUGUCCAUUUCCUGGAACGACGAAGAAGAACUAAUUUGUUCGGGUAUUAAUUGCCUGUGAGUUUUCUGUCAAUCACAAAUAACACUUGAUAACUCAAGAAAUUUAUCCUUAACUCACAACGAAAAUGUGCCCCAUCACUGUUAUUCCAAAUAGGAUUUUUUGAAUUUC